UGCCCGCGCGGARCUCGGGAGCGGCGGGGCGAUGGCGGCGGGGCAGGUGCGGCUGUGGGUGCGCACCGAGCCSUUCCUGGUGGGAGCGCUGCCGGCCCCGCCGCCCGCCCGCCUCACGCCGCACUACCUGCGCAAGGCGGCCGCCUACGCCCGMGCGCGGGCCGACCAGGGCUGCUUCCCGCGGCUGCGCUGGCCCUGCUGGCGCCACAUCGCCUGCGGGAAGCUGCAGCUGAGCCGCGACAUCGCCUGGCUCUACUUCGAGCUCUUCCGCGGCCUCCUCGGGCCCGCGCCGCCCCUCCGCCUGCGCUGGGCUGAGACGGAGGCGGCCUGUGCCAGCGCCGAGGAGCUGGAGCGGGAGCGGAGCAAGCUCUCCGUGGACACGCUGCAGUUCCUGCUCUUCCUUUACGUCCAGCAGCUCCACAAGGUKUCCCUGCGGAGGUCUCUGCUCGGGGAUGAGUGGCCCAGCCCCAGGACCAAGUCUCCCAGCCUGAGUGGAAAAUCGGCCGGCGGGAAUAAGAACUGGAAYGACCAGGAGCACCUUGCCUUUGUGCAGAGCCACCUCCUGGACAUGCUGGAGCUGCUGCUGGAGCCGGAGCAGCUGUCAGCCUCCUCCCAUUCCAGCAGCAGCAGCCUGGUGUCCUACGAGGCCGUGUGUGCCCUCAGCCUCCUGCUGGAGGGCACCGUCAGCACCUCCAGGACAGUGUGGCCACUCCACGAGCUGGCCCUCAGGCAGCCCUGCCACGGCCACAACGGCUACUCCAAGGUGGCCAGAGCCUUCUCCCUGGGCAAACUGGAGAGCUGGCUGCGCUCCUGCCUCACUGCCAACCCCCUGGGAAUGAGCGUCUGCCUCAAGGCUGGCAAAAAGCUGGCAUGGGCACAGCAAGUGGAAGGAACAACCAGGAGAGCCAAGAUUGCCUGCAGUGCCCGGGUGGUGGCCGAGGUGGCCCCCAUGGUGAUCAUGAGCCAGGUGUACAGGCAGACCCUGGCCAAGAGCUCRGACACGCUGGUGGGGGCUCACAUCAGAAUCCAUCGCUGCAACGAGUCCUUCAUUUACCUGCUGUCCCCUCUGCGAUCCGUCACCAUCGAGAAGUGCCGCAACAGCACCUUUGUCCUGGGCCCUGUGGAGACAUCAGUGCAUGUCCAGAGCUGUGACAGUGUCAGGGUCAUCGUGGUGUGCCACCGUUUGUCCCUCUCGUCCACCAGCAGCUGCACUUUCCACACUCUGACCCCCACGCAGCCCCUCAUCCUCUCGGGGAACCAGGCGGUCAGCUUUGCCCCUUUCCACACCCACUACCCCAUGCUGGAAGACCACAUGGCUCAGGUGGGCCUGGCCACUCUGCCCAACUACUGGGACAGCCCCAUGCUGGUGUGCAGGGACAGCGGGGACACGAACGUCUUCCGGCUGCUGCCACCCUCGGAGUUCUACACCUUYGUGGUUCCCUUCGAGAUGGAUGGAGACACCACGGAGACACCGGGGGGGCUGCCCCACGAGUACCAGGAGGCACUGAGCCAGCGGGAGCACAAGGUGCAGCUGUGGCAGCGCACGGUCAAGGAGGCAGGGCUGACCAGGGAUCAGAGGAAACAGUUCCAGACGUUGGUAGAGAACAAAUUCUACGAGUGGCUGGUUCAGACGGGGAACCGGCAGCAGCUGGACAGCCUGGUCCCUCCUGCUGUGGGCUCCAAGCAGGCAGCAGGAUGACAUUGCUGAGCACCAGAAGGAAAAGGAGCUCUGGGAAGAGGCAGUGAUCCACUCAGCCCAAUUCUCAUUAAGGCUUUGUGGCCAUCCUGCCUGAACCCACUGGAUCCAGCCCCCAGCCUUGGCAUGGGUUGGACUGCCUGGCUGCCUUAGGAUUCCUGAGCACUGCAGCAUUCCCAGGAAUGUGCUGGUGGKGACUGAGAGGUGCCUGGCACUGGAGGAAGAUGAAGUGUGCCUUGUUGAGCAGGUGUCCAGCACACCAGGUUUCCUGGGACAAAGCUGGCUGCA